AUGCUGAGCAGUGAAAAUAUCUACAACUUAGUGGCUCCUCUUCCGAGAGCCAAGAGCCCUGUUAGGCUUUUUGUUAACAACGAACGAGUGGAGAGGUUCAAAGAACGCACCAAGAAGCUGCAGUCGGAGCACAGGACCAUGGGAGUGCCUGAGGUUUCACUUCCCAAACCGGUAGACUUUCUCAAAAAGCAAGAUCGGGACCAUCGUCCCAAGCUAGUGACACUCGAAAAAUCAGACCACGCUAGAGUUUGCGAAACGCUGGGCUUAGAAAGGAGGCCUCCUGUCCCUGACCACUUUUUCCAAGAUCCUCGAAGGAGCCCAAGGGAUUUUUGCUCUGAGAACGUGGAGUUCGCCAGAAACCUGAUUCCUCCUGUUCCAAAGGAACGGAUUGUGGUCGGCGCGAGAGGGGCGGUCGUCGAUUUGGACACCACGGUCCUUCGCCCGAAAUACUUAGACAAACCUAACUUUGGCCAAUUGCCGGUGAGUGUGGUCAAGUUCCAGGCCAAGGCCAAUCGGGAGGCAAAGUUGGCCCAAGAAUUGAAGGAAUUGGAAGAGCAGCAAAAAACUCAGCAGCUCUUGGACAACAAGAAUCAUCUCCGCAAUAGACUGGCGGCAGCAAAAGAGGAGUGGGACGAGAAGAACAAGGAGUUCCUCUUGCUGCCUGUGAUUACUGACACUCUGAUGACCAAGAAGAAGAAAUACCUCCUUGAAAAAGCGCUGGCCGAACUCGAGGACGAGAUCAACUGUCUGCACUACGAGUGCCAACUGGCCGACAAAGCGUGGCAGAUUCACUUGGAACAAAAUCCACCGGCCGACGUUUCGAAAUGA